AGGACCUGUUUAGACAACAUAGCUAGCACACUGAAUCGAAAUACGCUUCUCUCAUUGGUCGUCUGACAACCAAUCAAAAAUUUGGCGAGAGAGAGCUAUGCUGUCUGGACCACAGGUUGUGGUACAGCCAGCCAGCAGACCGGGAUCACGUAUGAACUAUGCAGCUGGAGGUCAGGCAGAUGCUUUGGCUCUCCAACAGCAGGGAGGUCCCUCCAGCGAGACCUCGGAGACAAACAAUAUGGCGGCCAUGGGCGAAGAGGAGAGAGGGGUGAAGGCGUUGGAUAACCGACAUGCCGACUCUGAUGAUGAUUUAGACGAUGAAGAGGCCAGACCUCGUACAGUCCUCGGAGGCGGGGGUGGAGCCCCAGGAGGCGGUUACUGGGGCAGCAGACCGCCCAGCCCCGGGGGCGGCGCAGACAACCUGAGUGAGAGCUCGUCUAACAUGCCCCCACAUGCUCAUCAUCAUCAUCAUCACCACAAUCGUCGCAAAUCAAUGACUGGGCCACCCAUGAUGACUACUGCUGCAGCCGCUGGACCUAUGGCUGACCCAAACGGGCACAAGUUUAAUAAUCUCAACUACUGGAAGGCUAGGAAGGUAAAAAUGUCCGCGUUCUAUGGGAGGAGUUUAGACAGAUUCUGUUCCAGAAACCUGUUCCAGUCCCAACUUUCUUUGUCCAACCAAAUGGACACAAGUUCAAUAAUCUUCACUACUGGAAGGCAAAGAACGCCAGACCUCGUACAGUCCUCGGAGGCGGGGGUGGAGCCCCAGGAGGCGGUUACUGGGGCAGCAGACCGCCCAGCCCCGGGGGCGGCGCAGACAACCUGA